AUGGUUAUACAGGGGGACUAUGGGCUAGAGAGGAAACUGUCAUACCAUACUGGGCCUGAGCAGGAAGCAGCUGAAGAGGAACCAGGAUUCAAGCCCUCGAUGGGCACCUUUCCCCCUCAUCGUCCUUACGACUGUGCCAUAGAACUCCUACCUGGCGCCACACCUCCCCCGGGUCGUCUGUACUCCCUCUCGAUCCCUGAAGCAGCAGUCAAGGACAAUUACAUCCUGGAGUUGCUUGACGCAGGUUUCAUUCGCCCCUCUACAUCCCCUGCUUGUGCAGGCUUCUUCUUUAUGGGUAAGAUGGCUGGAGGCCUGCAUCCAUGCAUCAACUACAGAGGGCUGAACCAGAUUAUGAUCAAGAAUUGUUACCCCCUACCCCUGAUGUCCUCCGCAGUGGAGUUGGUCCAAGGGGCCCAAUUCUUCAACAAACUGGACCMCCGUAGCGCUUACAAUCUGUGGAAUGAGGAGGACAAGAAACUGCACCCAUGCACCUUUGUCUCCAAGCGGUUCUCGCCAGCGGAACACAACUACAAUUCGAAUGUGCAAACUGAGUGGGCCAACCAGGAGCUGGAGAAGUUCCUCCCCUCCUCCCGUUUCCUGAACAAGAGGUGGGGUGUGGGGGUGAAAUCAGCCAAGGUGGGGCUUCCCAGGUCCAUGAGGAUCUGUCCUUCCUUUCAUGUCUCCCGUCUCAAGCUCGUAAGGACCAGUCCAUUCUCUCCCCCCACAUCUGCUCCGCCGCCCCCUCGACUUGUGGAUGGCCUCCCGGCCUACACGGUCCGGCAUCUGUUGGAGGCUCAUCGGYUCCGAGGGACCCUGCAGUACCUGAUCUCCCCCCAGAGUGGGCCGUUGGAGGGAGGUACCCUGCUCACGGUGCAGGGUAGGAACAUGGGGCGCAGGGCUGAMGUAGUGGAGGUCUCCAUCGGGAUGWUCCCAUGUACAAUCAUUCCUGACCAAUACACUGUCUCUGUGGAGCUGGUGUGUGUUACUGGGCAGGCCGUUGAUCCCACAAAGGAUUUCGUCAGAAUUACUGUGAACCAAAAAGCAACGGGGUUGUCCAAAGAGGCCUUCUCAUACUUGGUCCCCAAGCUGCUAUCCAUGGAGCCUAGAAAGGGCUCUCGUUCUGGGGGAACCAGGGUUACAAUCAAGGGGGAGCACCUGGACACUGGCUCCCAGAUCAGAGUCAAGGUCAAUGGUACCCAGGAAUGCACCAUCCUCACUCUAACUGAAGACACCAUUGAGUGCACCAUGCCUGCGGCCCUGCACGCACACACCGAGGCGGUGUCGGUGUGUGUGGAGUUUGAAUACAUACCCUGUCAGCGCUCUGAGCUCCUCACCCAGUACAUUUAUGAGAAGAACCCCAGCAUCAGCUACAUCAAACCCAGACAGAGCUACCUCAGUGGCGGUCGGACCAUCACAGUGACGGGGCAGGGUUUUGACCUGGUUCAGAGCGUCACUAUGGAGGUGCUAGACAUCGGACAGGCGGCCUGUAAGGUGCAGCCUCCCUCCACGAUUACAUGCUCCUCCCCCACCUCUAGCCAAUCUCAGCAGGCCACGGUAGAGUUCUUCCUGAAUGGAGUCCUCUACACGGGAGACAGCCCGGUCUUUUACGGCCCAGGCCAGGAGGAAGAGGAGGAGCCUCACGGAGGUCACUUCCUGUUGGAGUACGUGGAGGACCCUCAAUUCUUCACCGCCAACAAGGAGAAGCUGAUCAAACACCACCCCGGGGAGUCGCUCACGCUCAUCAUCAACAAAGGACCGAGCAAUCUGGAACUGGCGCCGGAGGAAUACUCAGUAAUGAUUGGCUCCUAUCCCUGUGACAUCAGCUUCCAUAACAACCAGCUGUUCCACUGUACCAUCAACGGUUCGCUGGGCUCCAGUGAGGGAGAACUGCCUGUCACAGUGCAGGUGGGUAACUUCCAGAGGAUCAUAGCCAAGGUGCAGCUGGGGGGUAGUGAGCUGGCCAUUGUGGUGUCCAUCGUGGUGUGCUGCGUCCUGCUGCUGCUGUGCACUGUGGGUAAGUGUCUGGGCCGGUGA